UCCCCCUUAGCUCCAGCCGGCGCAGGCAGCCGCGGCGGCAGCAGCAGGCGAGCCGCGGCCCCGCGAGGCCAUGAAGGUGAAGAAGGGCGGCGGCGGGGCCGGGACGGCGGCGGAGCCCGCUUCAGGGGCCUCGGGCCCAAGCGUGGAGCCCAAGCUGGAGCCGCAGGCGGAAUCCGGGUCCGGGUCCGAGUCGGAGCCGGAGGCAGGCCCGGGGCCCAGGCCGGGGCUGCUGCAGAGGAAGCAGCCGAUCGGGCCGGAGGACGUGCUGGGGCUGCAGCGGAUCACGGGCGACUACCUGUGCUCCCCCGAGGAGAAUAUCUACAAGAUCGACUUUGUCAGGUUCAAGAUUCGGGACAUGGAUUCAGGCACUGUCCUUUUUGAAAUCAAGAAGCCCCCAGCCUCAGAGAGGUUGCCCAUCAACCCACGGGACCUGGACCCCAAUGCUGGGCGCUUUGUCCGCUACCAGUUCACGCCUGCCUUCCUCCGUCUGAGGCAGGUGGGAGCCACGGUGGAGUUCACAGUGGGAGACAAGCCUGUCAACAACUUCCGCAUGAUUGAGAGGCACUACUUCCGCAACCAGCUGCUCAAAAGCUUUGACUUCCACUUUGGUUUCUGCAUCCCCAGCAGCAAGAACACCUGCGAGCACAUCUACGACUUCCCCCCGCUCUCUGAGGAGCUGAUCAACGAGAUGAUCCGUCACCCGUAUGAAACACAGUCUGACAGCUUCUACUUCGUGGAUGACCGGCUGGUGAUGCACAACAAAGCAGACUAUUCCUACAGCGGGACGCCCUGACCCCAAACCGCCCCUACCCCAGGAGGGUCCUGGGCCCCAGCUGUGCCCACCCCGAUACUCUCCUCUCCACCCCAGGUCUUCUGCCUGGAGAGUGUUUCAGGAGCCCUGGACCCUGAGUCAGUGUUGGGAGGGAGGGUGCCUGAUGUCCCCAGUUCAAGUCCGUGAAGCCCAGGGGGCCUGGCACGUGGGGUGGGCGUAGGGGGGCUGUUUGCCUCCGUGUCCAGCAAGGUCUCCCGUGGGAAGUGGAGUAGCCACGACUUCCGGUCAGCCUAGCUGGGCCUCUUGGGCCCAAGUUUCAGAAUAGUGUUCCCCUAUCCAGGCUUUGACUAGGUCAGGCAGGAGCCCAUGCCCUGUCCCCUGCCCACCACCAACAGGCCAUUUAGAGUUGUAAGGUCACAGACAAAGAUCCAUGUGGGGUCUGGCAGCCAAGCUUCCAAAGGGAGUUGGGGCCUUGACCCCAGCCCCGCCUCCACCAUCAGGGGCUGAGACACUGUCCGAGGUGUGGGAGGGAUGCGCCAGAGGGCAGCCCGUGGGAGGGACUGGACCAACUGUAUAUAGUUUUCAAUAAACUCUUUCUCCUUUGCUGCUC